AGAAAAAUAAGGGUUUCCUUGUCUCAUGUUAUCCGACUUUGACAGGUGUUCUCGCUUGAGCCGAUUUUCGUGUCAUUCCAAGGUGUGGAGACUGAUAAACAGGACUUGCUGUCAAACAAAGCCCAAAAGAAGUGCAUUGGUCGCUUCUUUUUUGAUAAUUUUAUUGAACUUUUAGCUGUUGUUUCCCCAAGUUUAAAUGACUGUAAGCAGUGGUAAGAUCCCUGAUUCUUAUGGUUUAAACGAAUGCAUGCAUCAAGAAGCGUUGAAGGAAGUGGAAGAUUAUGUGAAGAAGAUAAAGGGUUCAUGGGCGGUCACAGGUUGCAGCAUCGUGAUGGAUGCUUGGGUUGACCAGAAAGGCCGUGAUCUGGUUAUUUUUGUUGCUGAUUCUCCAGCGGGUCCUGUGUAUCUCAAGUCCUUUGAUGUUUCUGAUAUAAAAACCAAUGUCAGUGCCUUGUUGUCGCUAGUAGAUGGGCUUGUUGAUGAAGUUGGAGUCCAUAACGUUAUUCAGAUUGUUGCAUGUUCAACUUAUGGUUGGGUUGGUGAAUUAGGGGAAUAUUUUGCGAGUAACAAGAAUGAAUUUUUCUGGUCUGUGAGUGUAUCUCACUGCUUCGAGCUUAUGCUGCGGAGGAUUGCGAGAAUAUGUUCCCUGGGAGACAUAGUUGACGAUGUCAAUAAGAUGACAAGGUUCAUCAACAACAAUCCCUUGGUUUUGGAGCUUGUCAGAAAUCACAGUCAUGGAAAACACAUGACUGUCUCUUCCUCCGAGUUUGAGUUUGUUAUGCCGUAUAUAACUCUAGAGAGUAUUUUCAAGGCAAAGAACGACUUGGCAGCCAUGUUUGCUUCAUCUGAUUGGAACAAAGAAGAAGACAUAACAAUAUCCAAAUUGGUGAAUGAUUCCUCUUUUUGGGAAACUGUUGGCAAAAUUCUGAAAUGCACAUCUCCUCUAAUUAGCAGUCUACACUGGUUAUCUGCUGCCAACAAUCAGCAUGUUGGAAUUAUCUAUGACACUAUGGACUGCAUAAAGGAGAGUAUUGCCAUGGAACUCAAUGACGAUAAACGAUGUUACAUGCCGUUAUGGGAUGUGAUAGAUGAUGUCUGGAACAGGCAUCUCCACAGUCCUCUUCAUGCUGCCGGUUACUUUCUGAACCCGACUACCUUCUACUCAACUGAUUUCCUUCUUGAUUCAGAAGUUGCUACGGGUCUUAUCUCCUCUCUGGUUCAUGUGGUAAAAGAAUGUCAAGUUCAAGUUCAAGUUGCUACACAGCUUGAUACGUACAGACUGGGUGAAGAUUGCUUUAACGAGGCUGAUCAGAGCCCUGGAAUCUCUCCAGCUGAGUGGUGGGCUCAAAAGGCAAGCCAGCACCCAGAACUGCAGAGUUUUGCCAUUAAGAUUCUGAGCCAGACAUGCGAAGAUGCUUCAAGGUACAAACUGGAGAGAAGCUUUGCAGAGAAGAUGCUGCUCACUGAAGGAAUGAGCCAUUCUGAACGCAAGCAUCUGGAAGAGUUGACGUUUGUUCAUUACAAUCUUCAUCUUCAAAGCUGCAACGUCAAACUAAGUGAAGAGUUGGCGUUUGCUCAUAACAAUCUUCAUCUACGAAGCUGCAAAGCCAAACUAAGUAAAGAGCAGUAAAGAGACUGUGCUGCAAGAUGUUUAUAUGGACUUACCCGGUGG